AUGUGGUUUGGGCAUUCCGAUUUUAUGCAUAUGGUUGAAGAUAGUUGGAAGGAACCUAUCGUAGGUUCACCAGCCUUUAUAUAUCCUCAAAAAUUAAAGGGUCUUAAAAUUGCAAUGAAGUUGUGGAAUCAAGAAGUUUUUGGUAAUGUUAAUGUUAGGCUGAAACAGGCUCAGCUUAGACUUGAAAGUUCAAUGCGUUUAUCGGAUGAAGACCCUUCGGAUGUGGAAAAAUUGAACUCGAUGAGAAGUGUGGCAGUGGAAGUUAAUGAUAUUAGAAUGCAACAAGUCAUUAUGUUGAAGAGAAAAUCCAGAAAUCAGUGGUUAGUUGAAGUGGCUAGUAAUUCUAAUUUCUUUCAUAAUUCUAUUCGUAUUCGUAGGAGUAGUAAUACUAUUUCGGAAUUGGUGGAUGCUAAUGGGGUAACGGUGACUGAUUGUAAUCAGAUUCGUAACCUUAUUGUUGAUUAUUAUGAGGCAAAGUUUAAUGGUGAUGAUUCAGUUCCAGUUGAAAGUGCUAGAAUGUAUCAGUUGCCCUCAAUUGAUGAGAUUCAUGCAGCGGUUUUUGAUUUGCGUGCGGAUAGUGCGCCAGGGCCGGAUGGGUUUGCUGGUUUUUUCUAUAGGCAUUGUUGGGAGAUUAUCCGGGAGGAUUUGGUUAAUGCUAUUAUGUUUUGUUGGUCUAAUAGAUUCAUUCCUCAUGGCGUGAAUUCUAGUCUUCUCAUGCUUCUGCCUAAAGAGAGAGCUACGAGGCUUGGUAGUGUUUUGGAUAACUUGAUUUCUGAGGAACAAGUGGCGUUUAUGAAAGGGAGAAAUAUCCAUGAAAAUAUUAGUCUAGCUUCAGAGAUGGUGAAUGAAACGCAGAUUAAGCGGAAAGAUGGUAAUGUUGGGUUAAAACUUGAUAUAACUCAGGCAUUUGACGCGUCUGCUAGAAUUUCGGUUCUCGUCGAUGGUAGCGCGGAAGGUUUCUUAAGUAUUGAUAGAGGGCUUCGUCAGGGUAACAUGAAGAGUUCGAGAAAUAUGGUGGAUUUGUUGGGUUUAUAUCAACGUGCUUCGGGUCAAACAGUAAGUCGAGAGAAGAGUAAACUAUAUUUUGGUGGUGGUUCUUUGAAUAUGAGAUCUACUAAUUCUGCUUUUCUGGGGAUGACUAUUGCUAUUUUUCCAGAUAGGUAUUUAGGGGUUAAGGUUAUGCCUGAAGCCAUUAAAUAUCAUCAUGUAGCCAAUGUUGUUGAGAAGAUCAAAGAACAACUUGCGGGUUGGAAGGGAAGGAUGCUUUCUUUUCAAGACAGAGUGGUGUUGAAUUUUUUAUGGUCUGGUGAUUCAAAAGUGAGUAGGUCUUUUGUUGUGGCUUAUGACAAGAUUUGUGCUCCUUAUGAGGAAGGUGGUUUGGAUAAUUCUAAGGUUUUAAUUGGUGAUGGUCGUAAUACUUCUCUUUACUAUGAUGUAUGGUUGGGGGAUGUAGCUAUUGCUGAUUUACUUGAAGAUUAUGCUUUGGAUUGUGCUAUUUUGGUAGGUGAUAUGCUGAAUGAAGGAGGCUGGAAUUUGAGUGAAGAAUGUCGGAAUAAUUUUCUAGCUGCUGGUUUCGUUGAAGAGGAUUUGCCUAGGACUUUGAAUGGUGUUGAUCACAGGGUUUGGAAGCCCAAUUACACAGUUAGUUUUACUGUCAGUUCUGCGAAAUCCUUAAUUCGCAAGAAGUAUGCUAAGCUGGUAGGAGAAAAUUUGUUAUGGAGGCCGACUGUGCACCCUGCCUUGGCUGCAAGGAACUGGAAAAUACUAAGAGGAGCUUGUGCUACACUUGACAAGGUUAAAAGUCGCUUUAAAAUCCAGGUUGUGAAUAAAUGA